AAAGGUUAAAGUUUGAUGUUGUUGUCCACAGAGCUGACAGACGAGGAAGGAGAGCCCAUGGUCCAUCCAGAGUUCCAGCAGAAGAUCAAGCCGUGCGAGGUCACCGAGGAUGACCCUGCCAGGAUGGACUGUAAGGUCACAGGUGUGCCAGAACCUGAGGUCACCUGGUACAAGGACGGAGUAGAGAUCACGCAGGACCCAGAGUACCAGUUCCUGUUUGAAGAUGAGGAGUCGAUGUGCCUGAUCGUUCCUGUGGCCAGUAAGAAACAUGAAGGACUCUACAGCUGUCUGGCGGGGAACAAGCUGGGACAGGUGGCCUGCUACGCUCGCCUCACGGUCAAGGAAAAGUCCCGCCGGCCGGCUCACCCCGGGCCCCCGUCCUUCCUGACCACCCUUGCCGACGUUUUCGCGGUGGAGGGGUCGCAAGCGUGCUUCACCUGUACCGUGGUCGGGAACCCGGACCCGAACAUCGAAUGGCUGCUGGACAGCCGCGUACUGAAACCCACGCCAGACUUCUCCAUGUCGUUUGAGAACGAUAUGGCGAAACUGGUCCUGAAGACGGCAUACCCAGAAGACCAGGGGUUGUACACCUGCAAGGCGAGCAAUGGCUACGGAGAAACAUCGUGCAGCGCAAGGCUUCACGUUUCCGAGGAGUAUACGCUUGACACGACGCACGCCAUGCCGCCGAAGUUCGUCCACACAUUUCAGGAUACGGACGCGAUGGAGGGCCGGGAAGUACGGUUCGACUGUCGGAUCAUCGGGAUUCCGCAACCCAAGGUCGCCUGGUACCUGCACAACAGGGAGGUGCAGGAUUCCCUGGAGUACCGGAUAUUCCAGGCCAACGAUCAGCACUCCCUGGUGAUUCCGGAGGUUUUCCCCGACGAUGAGGGGGAGGUGGUGUGCAAGGCUGUUAACACACUGGGGGAGACCAGCUGUAGUGCUGAGCUGUUCGUAGAUGAGGAGGAACCAACAAUCACCAGGCAGAGCCGAGAAGGAAGCUCCACCACAGUUGCCGCUGCCGUCGGCAUAAUCCCGAACUUUGUGCAGCGUCUGCAAAACUCCGCCGUGUCAGAGGGUGAGACUGCGACCUUUCGGUGUCGGAUUACAGGUGACCCCAGGCCAAAGGUCAUGUGGUUCCACAAGAAGAGGGAAGUGACGGCGGCUCGGAGGGUCAAGAUGUCUUAUACAGAAGAGGGCGUGGCUACGCUGGUCAUCAGCAGUGUCAGCAAAGGGGACAUUGGAGUCUACGCUUGUGUAGCAAACAGCCCAGCUGGGAAGGCUACAUGUGUGGCAAAGUUACAUGUGGAGACAGAAGGUGUUACGGAGGAGGACAGAGAGCAGACCCCGCCCCGAUCCCCGCACGCAAAGCCACAGAUCAAGAAGAGCCGAAGCAGGGAAAUUGCCCCAAAGCCUCCGUACGGAAAGCCGCGUAUUUCCAGUCGCACCGCGACGAGUCUGAUUCUGUCAUGGAACCCGCCUCCACCACAGCAGGACACAGAAAGUUCGCUAUCGUACAUCAUCGAGUUCAGGGAGUCAGAGGACUCCCGGUGGCGGGUGAAGGCUAAGAACGUGCGGGAGACGUCUUACCUGGUGGAUCACCUGCCGGAGGAAGGCGUCUUCUUCUUCCGUGUCAGCACAGAGAACGACUUCGGAGUCAGCGAGCCCUCGGAGGAGAGCAAAGCCUCCAACAUACACGAAGGUUCCGACUCCGAGGAUGAGGAUGUGUUGGGGAGACCAGGUCUGGUACGGCAGGGGUCCGUCAAGCGCCGCGGGCCGCCCGGAGCGCCCGAGUUCCUCAGCCUGCCCGAGGACUGCUUCACGCUGGAGGGCGGGACGGCCGUCUUCUCCUGUACACUGAGCACCCGGCCUGCGGUCAGCACUGUGCAGUGGCUCUGGAUGGGCAAGGUCAUACUAGAGAGCAGGAAGCACCAGCCCGUGUUUGACGCGCGGACCGGGGAGUCCAGUCUGACCGUACAGAGCGUCUCACUGAGGGACAUGGGGCAGUAUCAGGUCAAGGCGGAGAACCAACACGGUGCCAUGGCCUGCUCUGUAUGCCUCGGACUCGCAGAGUCCCCGCAGUUUGAGGACAUCAUGGAGGAUGUGGAGAUGUAUGUGGGGGAGACGGGCCGACUGGAGGUCAGACUGUUCGGCAAACCUUUCCCAGACAUCACCUGGCUCAAGGGUUCAGAGGAACUUCCCAAGGAGAAGCGUAUCAGCACAACAAGGAGCGACGAAGAGGUGGUUCUGACGAUCAACAGCGCCGUCCUGUCUGACACAGGAGUCUACACCUGCACGGCCAAGAACAUCGCGGGGGAGGUCUCCUGCAAGGCACAGGUCACUGUGUCUCCAGUUCCUGAGUCAACAGACACAGAAGCCGAGGAGACCUGCUGGACAAAAAUCCACACAAUACGGGAACAGUACAGGAUACACGAGGAGCUGGGCAAAGGUGCCUUUGGGAUCAUCAAGCGAGUGACGCACCGCAAGACGGGCAAGAAAUUUGCCGCUAAGUACAUCCGGUACAAGCCCCACCGCAAGGCUGACCUCCAGCGAGAGGUCACGGUCAUGGCCAAACUGGAGCAUGCUGGGAUUGUACAGCUGGCGGAAACAUUCCUGGAGACCAAGUUCGUUGUCAUGGUGAUGGAAUAUGUUGCUAUGGGCGAGCUGCUGGAACACCUGGUGAAGGUGCCAGACCUGAGCGAGGCAGACAUCGUGCCAUACCUGUCCCAGCUGCUAGGGGCGCUGCAGUACAUACACAGCAAGGACAUCGUACACUUAGACAUCAAGCCCGAGAACCUCCUCCUCACCAAGUCAGACUCGGGGCAGCUCAAGCUUUGUGACUUCGGGUUGGCACGGCAACUGUUGCCAGGCACGCCCGAGAUCUGCAGGUUCGGCACGCCCGAGUUUGUUGCCCCGGAAACGGUUGCCAAGGAACCUGUGCACCUGACGACCGACAUCUGGAGCACCGGGGUCCUGCUUUAUGUCUUACUCAGCGGUGUUUCCCCCUUCAUGGGGAACAAUGACAAGGAAACGUACACGCGCGUGAAGGCCGGCCGCUGGGCCUUCGACCAGAAGAUCUUCAACCACAUCUCCAACGAGGCCAAGGACUUCAUCACCAAGAUGCUCGUGGUCGACCCAAAGAAGAGACCAACGGCCAGUCAGUGUCUGGAAGAUGUCUGGAUUAAGACUCCAGUUUCUAAGGAGACAGCGGCGAAGGUCAGCGCAGAUCGUCUCAAGUUCUUCCACUCCAGACGCAAGUGGCAGAAAUCGCUGAUCUCGGUUGGUGCUCCUCUGAAGAUGCGCCCGAUCUCGCAGGUUCUGGCGGUGGCGGGCGGGUCCCAGUCGCUAGGCAUCAAGCGUGGCCCCGACGACAGCGACUCGCCGUUGUCAUCGGAGGCGGAGACCACUGACAUCGAGGCGCUCACGUCUGAGGCUGACACGAUGGAAUCUGGUACCGACAGCGACCACGGGCCCUCCCCCAUCCCAGGGAGGCGCCCCCUACAACCCCAGUCUGGUACUGCAGCGGACAAAACCCCAAAGAAGCCAGAAAAACGGGAGAUUCCAAAGCUUCCUCAGUUGGUGAUCCGAAGAUCAUCGCUAUCGGACAGUGACGAAAAUCCUCUCAGUCCACCAUUAAGCCCACCCCUUCAGAGAGAAUGGGACAAACCGAAGGGUCAGGAGAGGUCGCCCAAACGGCGACCACGCAGCCCAAGUCCAAGGAGAGGAAGGAGGGAAGAAAAGAGAGAUGAAAAGGAGGGAGGAAAGCCACAGGGAGAAAAAACCCUCAGACCUCCCCAUCUAAGAAAGUCGCGCUCAUUUGAGAGCGAUCGUUCAAGAUCUCAAGAGAAAACAAAAACCUCCCCGAAAUCAAUCAAAAAGAGUGAUUCUACCGAAGACUUACGGAAGAAAUCGAAAGAGAAGCAACGACCAAUGAGACGGGCCCAUUCUGCGGACCGGUACCUGUCGUCACGCGGUAUCGAACUCCCCGCAAAGGACGGGGAAAAUCUGGAGGCAUGCGUGACCUUGACACAUCAGAGCGACCACGUCUGAAGCGAGGGAAGUCAGCGGAAGAAAGGUUAAGGGUCACGGAAAGUCGGGAAACAGAGGAGCGACGACGGAGACUCAAGAAGGCUGGAAGCGCUGAGGCUGCACUUACGACGUCUUCAGACGACGACGUGCCACGGGGAGAGGUUGCCAGGGACGACCGCAGCCGAGGGGCAAGACGGCCGGGGAAACUGCGUAGAGCGAUUUCUGCCGACGCUGACAUCUCACGCCCGCUCGAACUCAGGAAGCAGUCUUCGUCAGUACGGAUGCCAGAGGAAGACUCCAUCACUGCGCGGCAGACUUCGCUCCGUCUCAUCCGGACCGAGUCACCUGACGGGGACGGUACACCUGCCGCUACACCUGCUGGCCGCGCACUCAGGAGGAGUUCAUCUGAGGACAUCUCCAGGGCAGGGGUCACCUUGCUAACCAGAGGCCUGUCGGUGGACAGUUCGCUGAGACCAGGCAUGCGGCGGGGACGCUCGUUCGACCGGCCCAAGAUGCUGUCUCCAACCAGCAUCCCCACAAGGGGCUCCGGUGUGGAAGAGUUUGCACCCGUGUUCAGAGAGAAGUUGAAAGACGAGGCGAUCGCUGAUGGCUGCCCUGUGCUCCUAACCUGUCUGCCUGCUGGCAGCCCACAGCCGACUGUGCAGUGGUUCAAGAACAAUGAGCUGAUCAUCGAGAGCGAGCGGAUCAAGCUCUCCUCCGGCGACGACGGGAAACACACGCUCCACAUUCCGCAGGUGCAGCUGGGCAGGGAUGUGGGUGUGUUCACCUGUACGGCUAGUAACAAGCUGGGGACUGUGUCUACAUCCUGCAGACUACACGCUGCUAGGCCUCCUGGGAAGCCGAACCCCGCUGAGGUCAUGCAGGUCACGUCCGACGCUGCAGUGGUUGCCUGGGAACCACCAAUCACAGGCGCACGUGACACGCUGCUGUCGUACAUUCUACAGUACAGGAAAGAGGGAGAGACCCUCUGGGUAACUGUAGGUACAGAUGUACAAGAAGAAGUGCUGCUGGUGGAGGGCCUGGAGCCGGGCAAGUCCUACCGCUUCCGAGUGGCCUGUGGAAACAGAGCGGGCUACGGACCAUUCAGCAAGUCCUCCAAGAGAGUACAGACAUCUCGAGAAGAAGUGCGUCGACAUCAUCACUUCUAAGGAGUACGUGUCAAGGUCAUCCCCAUCACACCUGUCAACAAGCUGGAGAAGCUGAGAGAGUACGAGGCCCUGUCCAA